AAAGCUCUGAAAGAUAUGUAUGAGUCCAGAAGACCUAUGGGAAUUGUCCUUGUCAGAAGGAAAUUCUUCAGAGCUCAGUGUGAAGAAGGAGGAAAUAUAGAGGAGCACAUUAGGACUAUGAGAUCCUAUCAGGAGGAGCUGGCAUCUCUUAAGCAGAAAGUUAAGGAGGAGGACUUCUCUAUUACACUGCUUACAUCACUCUCAGAAUCAUAG